GAAGAAGAAUCGUAAAUGUAAAUAAUUGCAAUAUUUGGAAAAUAGGAAAAACCCAACUGCUGAAGUAAAUAAUCAACAAAACGAGCUUCCAUCUACCAGAAAAUUUGGCUCUGAUUCUCAGCCUUCGUCAAACCCUAGUUUGAGUUGAUUUAUACAGAAUUCUUUCUAAUUCGGUACAGUUUGAAGAUAUAAGCGUUGUUCUUUGAGCUAUUCAGAUACAGUACACUCUUUUCUCCAAAAGCUUUUCCACGAUAAGGUCAAACAACGCCCUUAAGCUUGGAGAUAUUACUGCUACUUAAUUUCAGCAUUGUAGGAAAGGAUCUGAAGGUUUUUUCUAGGCCAGUGUCCCAUGUUUCCAGAGUGUUGUCUAGGAUUGGUCGACUUGAAUGGAUUUUCCCAUUCUGGGACAUCAUCAUAAAAUUUUAACUGACGAAACCGAUUUGUUGAUGGAGGGAGCUAACAGUCGCAGUGAUAGUGAACACGUUAUUGACAUAACAAGAAGUGGUAGUGCUUCUUCAUCUAAUUCAUCCAAUGAAAGGCCAUCACCUGGUUUGGAACAGCAAAUGAGUGAAGACCUGCCAUCUACUAGUUCUAGGGUUCCCCUUUAUCAGCCUCAACCUUUUACUGCCCGUGGGUCAAUCUCAAGGAAUUCACUAAGUCGAAGAGGAAGUACGCGCAGUCGUCAAAGAAGUCCAUUAAAUUCUGGGUUAUGGAUAUCUGUUGAGCUUGUAUUAACAGUCAGUCAGAUUAUAGCUGCUAUUGUUGUCUUUUCCUUGUCGAGAAAUGAGAAACCACAUGCCCCUUUGAGAACAUGGGUCAUUGGAUAUGCAUCUGGUUGUUUGGCAAUACUUCCUCUUCUAUAUUGGCGUUUUAAGCAUCGUAAUCAAAGUCAAGAGCAGGACUCAUCUCAGAACGGACAAGAUGCUUCCCUGAGCAAUAACUCUGCUGUUCCUUUCUCGAGGAGAUCAAUAAAUAGAGAAGAUAGCUGGACAACUGGUACAACAACUAGAAGCACUCAAAGUAAUGAAUUGCUGAAUUCAAGGCUUAAGGUAUUUGUCGAAUAUUUAAAGCUAGCUUUGGACUGCUUCUUUGCUGUGUGGUUUGUCGUUGGAAACGUAUGGAUUUUCGGAGGCCACUCGUCUUCUGCUGAAGCUCCAAAUUUGUACAGGUUGUGCAUAGUGUUUCUGACCUUCAGCUGUAUCGGAUAUGCUAUGCCUUUUAUUCUGUGUGCUAUGAUCUGCUGUUGCCUCCCCUGUAUAAUAUCAGUCCUUGGCAUCAGAGAAGAUUUUGCUCAGAACCGAGGAGCUACUCAAGAUUCGAUUAACUCUCUACCAACAUAUAAAUUCAAAGUGAAGAAAAACAAGAACAGUAAGGAACAUAAUUCUAAUGCAUCCGAGGGUGGGAUAGUGGCCGCUGGAACGGAGAGAGAGCGCAUAAUAUCAGGAGAUGAUGCUGCUUGUUGCAUUUGCUUAGCGAAAUAUGUGAACAACGACGAGCUCAAGGAGCUACCUUGCGCUCAUUUCUUCCACAAGGACUGCGUGGAUAAAUGGCUGAAAAUCAACGCCACAUGCCCACUCUGCAAAGCCGAGGUUGGUGAUACCCUUUUCAGCUCGCUCACUGCAGCAACUGCCAGCCUGCAAAACAGCACCAUGUUGUAUCGGUGAGGAAAAGUAAACGCAAAAAAAAGAGCUCGGACUAACUUACAAAUUGUUCUUUCGCCAACUGUGCAUAGUCGAUCACGAGGAGGCCCAGACCCACAAUUCUAUCUUGUGGUUUUCGGGCCAAAUCCGCAAUUCUGUUUCAUGGUUUGGGGUUGAAAUUGUAACCCUAUGUCAUGCGUGGUUUAAGGGUUGAUGGAUUAGAUUCUACUGUUGUAGUUUGAUCUAUAAGUGUUCUUUGCCUAAAAUACUGUGAAUUGUGUAGAACAUUGCCAUGUAUUUCAGGAUGGGAUAAAUGGUGGAUGUAAUUGUAAUGUAAUAUUGAUACAUGUUCAUUCACAUACUAAAAACUGCCAAAUUAUUGAAA